UAUCGCAUAAGCUGGAAGACCAGUCAGGAGACCUGUCGAGAUCAGAGAUGACCAUGGCCUGUACCAGAAGUUGAGUGGCAUAUUAGGUCAGACCCUUUCUAAGAGGCAAUCUCAACAUGGCUGAGGCGUCUACCCUCCAGGACCGCUACCGGGCUUGUUUGAUCCUAAGUGGAGCUGGGGAUGCACUGGGAUACAACAAAGGAGACUGGGAGUUUGAACAGAAUGCCGAAAAGAUCCACAAGGAGGUAGCGAAGAUGGGUGGCUUGGCAAAGCUGGACGUCAAACAGUUUCCUCUCAGCGACGACACCAUCAUGCACCUUGCUACAGCUGAGGCCUUAGCGGAGAUGGAUAAAGACGCACCUCUGGAACAGCUGUAUGGAGCCCUGGUUAAGAAGUACAUCAGCUGUAUGGGCGACAUGCAUGGCAGAGCACCAGGGCUUACCUGCAUGAGUAGCACGCACCUGCUGCAAAUGAACCCGGAAGGAGACUGGAAAAUCCCUUUCAACCAGCGAGCUGGGGGCUGUGGAGGGGCCAUGAGGGCCAUGUGUGUGGGCCUGCGCUUCCCCAGUCCUGAGCAAGAGCACCACCUGGUGGCCGUGAGCGUGGAGAGCGGACGCAUGACCCACCACCAUCCCACAGGCUACCUGGGAGCACUGGCUGCAGCGCUGUUCACAGCCUUCGCCAUUAGGGGGCAGCCUCCUGUAGAGGCCUGGGGCCACAGGCUGAUGCAGGUGCUGACCAAGGCCAAGGAGUAUGUGAGAGAGGCUGGACACUGUGUUAACAAAAACAUGGAACACUGGAACUAUUUUGAAAAAAGUUGGGAAAAGUACCUCGAGACGAGAGGAAUCCUGGAUGGAACAGGCAAACCUCAGUUUCCCGAGCCCUACGGUGUGGCAGAGAGGGAACAAUUCUACAGCUCCGUCAGCUUUAAGGGCACGGGUGGUGCCAGCGGGCAUGACGCGCCCAUGAUCGCCUACGAUGGUCUGCUGCGGGCGGGUGACUCAUGGACUGAGCUGGCCAAUCAUACCUUCUUCCAUGGAGGUGACAGUGACUCCACGGCGGCCAUCGCUGCAGCCUGGUGGGGGGCCCUGUAUGGCUUUCACAACGUGCCUCCCAAAAACUACCAAGGCCUGGAGUACUACAGCCGCCUAUCUGAUGUGGCAGAUAAACUUUAUCAGCUGCGAGAAUAGCUAUUAGCCCAUGACAUUAAUGAUAGCCUGGCCUUGUCAUACUGUAGGCCUAUGUAACUGCCGCUUAACUCUCCUUUCCCUGCACUGUAUACUACAUGGGUUCACUGUGUUUAUAAACACAAUGUUGUGAGGAGGGGCAAGACACUGGCAGCCAACCACGUGAGCUACAUUUUUUUACCAACAGCGGUUUCCAACAGUCACAGGUUGAGUUGUGUCGCGCAGCGAGGACAAAACAAAAAAUUAGAACCCUUGUAUAUCAGGGUCUGGUUAUCUUUACUGAGAUUAUACCCGUUACCAGACAAAAGCACUAGGGAGGGAUGAACAAUGAGUUUCCACAUCUCAACCAAAUGUUUGUUUGGGUAAAAUCAGAUGCAAAUAUUUCAAAUGACAAUAUAGUUCACCCAUUGCCUGGCUCUUGCCUGACCUGUGUGUUUCCGUUCAGCUUCGUAAGCUCCACUACUAGGUCUGGGAGUGCAUGCGUUGACUUGGCAUGGCUUUAUCAAUAAUUCUGCCCGUCCUUGCCACCAACAAAUUCCUUCGAAAACGUUUUCUGUUCAUCUCUAGAGAGUCAAUUUAGUCUAUAAUCUGUCCUGUGACUUCUCAAGGCGAGCUGCCCUUGAUAGUGAAACAAUGAAUGUUCCAUCAAUUUUCUGGCAGGAGACAUAGCAUUCAUACAGUCUCCCAGACAUCCGUGUGUGUGGCUCCACAGCUACAUACACACACAGAGGUUUGGUGAAAAACAGGCUAGUUCACCCAGGCGUCAAAUCAUUUUUUUUUUAAAGUUAUUAUUAUUCUAUUCUAAGUUAUUUUAUUCUAAAAUGUUUGACCGCUUACAAUUACAUGAUCCAGAUUCAGUUGCAUCUGGAUCAAUUGGUCAAAAAAUAAAUGAUCUAAUGUACGGCCAUAAAUGGCAUGUGUAUAGCUGGAACCACCAUUUUUGCACUCCUGUUAUUGUUCAAUCAUUUCUUAAGGGAAGUAAGGAAAUCUGUUGUUAUUGGUUUGAUUUACCUAAUUAAUUUUGCACUAACUGGGUAUUAAUUGUAUUUGUAUAUGGUUGAGCACCACAAAUGGGUUGGAUGAGAAGUAUUAUAUGGUUAUGUUCACCUCUUCUAUGUUUUCUCAAAAAAGUGUCAUACUUGUUUAUUAAAAGUAAACUUUUGAACUAGCUAAUUUCAGUGUCUUGAAUGACACACGCACAAUGCUGCCUUGAACAAUAAACCUGUAUGAAAUUA